UUUAAUUCUAUUUGUCGCUUCACAAAAUAGAGAAAUGGCGUCGAGUGGUGGCGUUGCCACCUUCUUGGUGGUGAACGGCGUCCUCUUCACCGGCGACGUUCCCCCUGUCGCGACGUUCCUCCAGUCCAGCCCUGGCGCUUACACCACAACGCGCACCCACGGCGGCGCCUCGCUCGUCCUCUUCUGGGAUCGUCACCUCCGCCGCCUCGCCCACUCGACCCGCAUCCUUGCCCGGUCCCACCCAAGUCUCUUCGUCCUCCCCCUCGGAUCGGCCGCAGCCGCCGGCGGCGACUCUACCGCGCUCAUCGACUCUAUCGAGAAUCUGGUCCACGAAUCGCUCCUGGUCGGGCUCCGCUUAGCUCUUCGGGAGCGCGACCGCGCCGGGUCGGAUGACGAGCUGGCCAUCACGGCCUUGGUCCGCGGCCGCCGCGAGACUGACUGCCUCGAUGUGCUCCUCCAUCUUGGGUUUUUCGUUCCGCCGCCAUUCGGCGCCGUCGGAGCCCAUUUAGCGGUCGCUGGCCGCGGGAGGGAGCCGGCGGAGGCCAAGUACUCCGAUUGGGUGCGGGUUAGGCAGGGUAUGGAGAAGGUGAGGCCUCCUUCGGCCACGGAGCUGUUAUUGACGAACGACGGUGAUAGGAUUCUGGAAGGCAGCGUGACCAACUUUUUUGUUGUCUGUAGAAAGGUGGUAAAUGGUCUCACCGAUCUGCCUCCGUCAGAUUCAGAAUCAUCAUGUACAUUCGUAGUGCAAACAGCACCUAUAAGCGGUGGCGUUCUUCCAGGAGUUAUACGCCAACUAGUGAUCGAGAUUUGCUCUAGUCUGGGCAUCCUUGUGGAGGAAUCUGCACCAUCAUGGUCCAACCAUGAGCUUUGGCAGGAGGCCUUCAUUACAAGUAGCCUGAGGCUUGUGCAGCAUGUUGAGACAAUUCAAGCUCCAACUUCAUUUAAAGAGUUUCACCUGAAAACUUGGAAGGAGUUGUCAUGGGUAGUGAAGCGGUUUCAGGGUAUAGGGCAUAUCACUAGACAAAUUCAGCUGCUGGCUCACAGAGUGAAUUAAGCAAAAGGAUGGGAGCAGAUGGAUACAAGAUAGGUCAACAUUCCUAAGACCAAUAAGCACACUGAUUCCAAAAUUUCGAAUCCGUAAGACGGUG